GUUGACCACAACGAAUGUAAUAAUGAAAUCCAACCCAUUCUUAUAUCCGUUGCCUUUGGUCCUGCCAUCCCUUACUUCCCUGCCAUCCCUGGGAUGGUUGUGAUGUUGGGGAUGGCUGCCAUCCCAAGGCGUCCUGCCAUCCCUCGGAUGGUUGCCCUUGGCGGGAUGGCACAUCACGUGACCUAG